CUUGCCCCUCCUUGCCCUCUCUUUCAUUGACCAUCGCGACGCUGCACCAAGCUUGACUUGGACAGCCAAUCUUCCCCCGACGUUGGGGUUCAAACUCCUGUACAAGUCGUGCGGCGGCAAAGCAACGUUCGAUCUCACGCCAACCGAUCUCACUCCAACCGAGAUCAAGUCGUCUAUCCGUGUUACUUAACGAGCCAGCAUGUCCAUACAAUCUCUCAAUUACGAUGUCAUGGAGGCCAUUCUAUCCUUCGUCGAACCGCGGGAUGCUCUACCUCUGACUGCUACCUGUCAGGCGCUACACGUGCCCGCGACGCGUAGACUCUUGUCCGAAGUCUUCAUCGACUGGGAAGUCGGUGCUGGUGGCAGCAGUCAGAUGGAGAAGAAAGCCCCGGCAGCUGACACGGGAGUGUACAACAUGAAGGGCUUGCUGUUCUGCGAGUACAUGCUCCGCGACAUCCAGAAUCGCCCUCAAUGUUUGAAAGCGCUGUACUUGCACCGCUCCGAACGCCCCUCGUGGCGGAAGUCGGUGCGCCGCCCGAAGCUCGUGCCCUUUCACGAGCGCAUUACCGAAGUCAUCCCCCACGCAACGACCUUGCGCACGCUCUACCUCGAUGCCCGGGAUGCCAGGAAGACAUCUUUCACCGAGAAUCGUCCCUCGCUGGCGGAUGCACUCGCCAAUGUCCAGUCACUUGAGACUAUCCGAUUCCACUGUCGUCAUACCAGCGAUCUUGCACUGCUAUGUCGUAUGAAAAGCCAGCCGCGGACAGUGUGGUGCUCAUCUUCGUGGCAGAGCUUUGAACCAUCCAGACAACUGAGCAGAUUUUUGCACAAUUUCGUCGAACGGCUCACUACAUUGAGGAUCCGUGGCGUACACGACAUAAUGCUUGCGAAUGCGCAGUUGGGCUUGGUCUGGCCUCGGGUCAAGGAGCUCGCGAUCCAAGAUCAAUUCAUCAUGGACAAAUACUGGCAGAUCCUCCCCCGCGCAUUUCCCAAUCUUCGUAGUCUCCGUGUCGUCCCAUGGUCGGUCACAACUGUGGAUGCCGACCUUGAAUGGUCCGAAUUGGACGUCGUUUGUACGAGGAGCCUAUUGCCCCUACGAUGCCGCGUACGCAGCCUUGAGCUUGCAUCCGACCUCAAUCCCCAUAUACUUCCGGCUCAUCGCUACGUCGCCUCUCAAUUCGACAUGCUUCGUCGUGCUAUGCCCGUCGUGUUGACUUGCCAUUACGAACGCCAGAUCCUGGAGUUGGUACCGAAACAUCUGGGGUCCUUGAAGGUUCUUCAUCUGACGGAGUACGCUGGCUGGUGGCGAGCGACCGGCGCGAACGAUCACCGGCACCUCCCAGAAUGGACAAGCACUACCUUACGGCAUAUCGCGUCCGCCCUCGCCUCGUCGCGGAUCCGUGCUGUCAUCAUCGAGCUCCCCCACAACGCCACUAUCCGCAAAGCUCAGCUUCGAUCGCACGCUGAGAACAUUGCCACGCACGCUGGGUCCCUCGAACUCAUAGGUAUUCAUCUUUAUGGCUUCAGAAACCGACGUCUCUGGCCGAUAGAACGCCUUCAAGACUGGAGGACUUCACUCUGCAACUGGUACCAUGUAACGUCCAGAAAUACCGACGGGACACCGUGUCUCACCAUAGUUCCCAAAGAGGAUGUGCUGCUCGUAGUCCCACAGCUUCUUCAAUCAUUUCAGGGUGUUCCUUGAUGUUCUGCAUGUACCUUCGUCCUAUAUUGAAGUGCUUGCUUCGGUCAACAGCGAUGCUGGACUGUUGGAGUUGAAAAGAUCGAAACAGCAUGCAUUGCCUGGCCCUGGCUAGUAGGAUGUAUGUGCCAUCUGCGAUGAUAUCAUGUUUAUCGCG